UAAAGGACAGAAGUAUCUUCCAGAAGUACAGAGGUACCACUGCAGCCCUCAGAUGGCAUUGUAAAGGUAUUCGCAGCACUGCAGAUUCUGAAGCAGACCCAUGAUCCAAUCCAGGUCAUGAUUUGCACAGAUAAAAUCAGGAAUACUGACCAUUUAGAAAACUAUCAGACCUGGAGAGAACUUGAAUUGCGCUUAUCUAAAGGAAAAACAAUUGAUGAUAUUAUCCAGCAGAAAAUUAGGCAAGAAGAACAAUAUUGGCGACAAAUCUUGGAACGCUUGAUUGCUUUGGUCAGAGUUGUUGGCAUACAAAACUUGGCAUUCCGUGGUACAACUGAAAAGUUGUACAGUGCUAGCAAUGGAAUUUUUUUGAAGUUUGUAGUAUAUCUAGCCCUUUUUGAUCCUAUCAUGAAUGAACAUUUGUGCAGAGUUAAAGAUCAAGAAACAAUGAUUCACUGCCUAAGAAAAGAUAUCCAAAAUGAGCUUAUACAGCUUCUAGCAGGUGCUAUAAAGCAGAAAAUUUUAGCACAUGCAAACUCAGCCAAAUACUACUCAAUUAUUAUGGACUGCACACCUGAUGUUAGUCAUAUUGAACAAAUGACAAUGAUUGUAUGUUAUGUUGAUGUAAUCAAACCAUCAGUUAAUGAGAUGUCUGAGUCUGAGGUUAUCAUAAGAGAACAUUUCUUGGGAUUUGUUCCACUGAAGGAGACUACAGUAGGACCUCACUCAUACGGCAGGUUCCGUUCCAGACCUCCGCCGUAAAACGAAAUCCGCCGUAAAGCGGAACACAUUGACUAACAUUGUCUAAAAUGGCUCCCGACACCCAAAAAAUGCCGUAAAAAUGGAACAAGUGCCGUAGGAGCAGGGCUUUUCUGCAAUUGACAACCUCUGUAUUGGUGGAACGCUGCAAAGCGGAGUGCCGCAAAGUAGAGCCCUACUAUACAGGUGCCUUUAUGAUAAACUCUUCUUGGACAGUUUGAGCAAAUGGGAUUACCAAUUGAGAAUCUGCGUGGUCAAGGUUAUGAUAAUGGGAGUAACAUGAAUGGCAAAGAAAAUGGCGUACAAAAGAGAGUCCUGGACGUAAACCCACGUGCCUUUUUUGUGCCCUGCAAUGCACACUCUUUAAACUUGGUAGUCAGUGAUGCCUCCAAGUGUUGUCUGGAAGCAACUAGUUUCUUCAGUUUGGUUCAACAGAUCUAUGAUUAUUUCUCUGCAUCGACUCGGCGUUGGCAAAUUCUAGCUAGCCAUGUAUCAGACUUAGGCAUAGCUGUUAAGCCAUUGAGCGAAACAAGAUGGGAGAGUUGGAUCGAUGCUUUGACACCACUGAGAUAUCAUCUUGGUAGUAUAUAUGGUGCUUUAAUAGAGAUCUUUGAUGACACAAGCCUAAAAGGUUUAUCUGGAAAUACUUCCCGAAUUGAAGCUAAGGCCCUUGCUGAUGCAAUUUGUAAGUUCAAGUUUGUGGUAUCCCUUGUUACAUGGUACAACAUCCUUUUUGAAGUCAAUUUUACAAGCAAGCGACUACAAAAUAAGGAAGCUGAUUUAAUUCAGCUACAAGCCAAUUGCAAGUGACCAAGAAUUACCUUGUGGGCUGCAGGUGUGAUGAGGGUUUUCAACAUGUUUUGAUAGAUGCUACUGAGAUUGCAAAGGAGCUAGAAAUACCACUAAACUUUGAGACAGAACAGGUUAGAAAAAGGAGAAAAACUGCAGUUUGAGUAUGAGGCCGAAGAAGAGGCACCGCAAGAUCCAAAGCAAAAAUUUAAAGUAGGUUUCUACUAUGCUGUCUUAGACAUGGCCAUACAAUCUGUUGAAGAGAGAUUCCAACAGCUACAACAAUAUAAUUCCCUGUUUGGCUUCCUGUAUGAAUAUACGAGAGCCUGUGUGGUAUAGUGGUUAAGGUGUUAGGCUACGACCUGGGAGACCAGGGUUCAAAUCCCCACAUAGCCAUGAAGCUCACUGGGUGACCUUGGACCAGUCACUGCCUCUCAGCCGCAGAGGAAGGCAAUGGUAAACCCCCUCUGAAUACCACUUACCCUGAAAGUUGGAAUCGACUUGAAGGCAGUCCAUUUCCAUUUUUCAUGAUAUAUACAGUAUCAACAAAAAAUCUACUGAAGAUGUACUUAAGGCCUGCAAGAAUUUGGAAAAAUAAUUGAUGCACAAUGGAAACAAAGAUUUUGAUGCUGAAGAUCUGUGCUGUGAACUUAUAGCAAUAGUUCGAAGACUUCCAAAGUCUAUGCCACCAAAAGGAGUACUUCUCUUCAUACUACAACUAAAACUCCUGGAUAGUGUGCCUAAUGUUUCUGUUGCUCUAAGAAUCCUUCUCACACUUCCAGUGUCAGUGGUGAACGCAGUUUCUCAAAGCUCAAACUUACAAACUUACAUACACUCAACAAUGUUGCAAAAGAGACUAGUUGGCUUGGCUACUAUAUCAAUUGAACAUGCUCAAGCAUCAGCACUUGACCUGAAGGAAUUGGUGACAAAAUUUGCAAAGGAAAAGGCACGCAAAGUGAUAUUUUGAUGUGCCUGAAAUUGAAACUUUUAA